AUGGCACCCGCCGCCACAGGGUCCCCUUCCCAGGCGGAUACCCCUAUGACUGACGCAAAUGACGACGUUAUCCCAUCGGUUCCCGUGGACGCUCUAACAAGUCACCAAGACACCCCAGACUAUACGGAUUCCGAUACCAACCCCAAUACAACAGCGAGUAGCGUUGCGGGCGACGCUCUAGAGGAUGGACGAAGACGCCGCUCUGAGGCUACUCAACUUCGAAAGAGCAUUCUGGGCAAGAAGCAUGGUCGCCUGGAUGAGUCGAAGGAGGAUGAUUCAAUUCGCCGAUUCCGAUACCUUUUGGGCCUAACCGACCUCUUCCGCCACUUCAUUGAGACCAACCCGAACCCGCAAAUCAAGGAGAUCAUGGCUGAGAUUGACCGACAAAAUGCGGAAAAGGAAGCCAAGGCUCGCAAGGGGUCUGCACGUUCAGGUGGCGCAGGUGGCGAUAGGCGUCGUAGAACCGAGCAAGAAGAGGACGCCGAACUUCUUCAGGACGAGCGUGGAGGGGGUGAGACAACGACGGUUUUCCGGGAGUCUCCCGCCUUUAUUCACGGCCAACUUCGUGAUUAUCAGAUCGCAGGCUUGAAUUGGCUUGUCUCGCUGCACGAGAACGGUAUUUCCGGUAUACUGGCUGAUGAAAUGGGUCUUGGAAAGACCCUGCAAACCAUCUCGUUUUUGGGGUACCUAAGAUACGUUUGUAACAUCACUGGCCCUCACCUUAUCACUGUGCCCAAAUCGACCCUAGACAAUUGGAAGCGAGAGUUCGCUAGGUGGACACCCGACAUCGACGUUUUGGUUCUCCACGGUGACAAGGAGGAGCGGCAACGCAUCAUUACCGAGCGUUUGGCCGACGAAAGUUUUGACGUUUGCAUUACCAGCUACGAAAUGAUUCUCCGGGAGAAAUCAGCUCUAAAGAAGUUGCCAUGGGAGUACAUCAUUAUUGAUGAGGCUCACCGUAUCAAGAACGAGGAGUCAUCGCUAUCCCAAAUCAUCCGUCUGUUCAACUCUCGCAAUCGUCUUUUGAUCACCGGUACCCCUUUGCAAAACAACUUGCAUGAAUUGUGGGCCCUGCUCAACUUCUUACUCCCUGAUGUCUUCGGUGACUCGGAGGCAUUUGAUCAAUGGUUCUCAACCCAGGGUUCUGACCAGGAUACUGUCGUCCAACAGCUUCAUCGUGUCCUCCGUCCUUUCUUACUGCGACGUGUCAAGAGUGAUGUGGAGAAGAGUCUUUUGCCGAAAAAGGAAAUGAAUCUUUACGUGCCAAUGUCCGACAUGCAAGUUAAAUGGUACCAGAAGAUCCUAGAGAAGGACAUUGACGCCGUGAACGGUGCGGCAGGCAAGCGCGAAUCCAAGACUCGUCUGCUGAACAUUGUCAUGCAACUGCGGAAGUGCUGCAACCAUCCGUAUCUCUUUGAGGGAGCCGAGCCUGGCCCGCCGUACACAACCGAUGAACAUCUUGUGUUUAACUCUGGCAAGAUGGCCAUCUUGGACAAGCUGCUGAAACGCAUGCAGGUUGAUGGCAGUCGAGUUCUCAUUUUCUCUCAGAUGAGUCGUGUUCUGGAUAUUUUGGAAGAUUACUGUGUGUUCCGAGAUUUCAACUAUUGCCGCAUCGAUGGGACAACGGCCCACGAGGAUCGCAUCGCUGCUAUUGAUGACUACAACAAGCCUGGCUCCGACAAGUUCAUUUUCCUACUCACUACUCGAGCAGGUGGCUUGGGUAUUAAUCUUACCAGUGCCGACAUUGUCGUUCUUUUUGACAGUGAUUGGAACCCCCAAGCUGAUCUUCAGGCCAUGGACCGUGCACACCGAAUUGGUCAAACCAAGCAGGUCAAGGUCUUCCGUUUCGUUACUGAGAAUGCCAUUGAAGAAAAGGUUCUUGAACGCGCCGCGCAAAAACUGCGUCUUGAUCAGCUCGUCAUUCAACAAGGUCGCGCUCAGCAGUCGAACAAGGCUGCUUCAAAAGACGAUCUUCUUGGAAUGAUCCAGCAUGGUGCUGCCAAUGUAUUCAAUAACAAGGACGAUGAUUCUGGCAAGCCAGAUGAACUCUCUGAUGAUAUUGAGGCUAUCUUGGCGAAGGGUGAGACGAGAACGGCCGAGUUGAACAAGAAGUACGAAAAGCUUGGCAUUGAUGAUCUUCAAAAGUUCAGCUCCGAGAGCGCAUACGAAUGGAACGGACAGAAUUUCACUGCACCAAAGAAAGAUAUCGGCAUGACCUGGAUUAACCCAGCCAAGCGUGAACGCAAGGAACAGUUCUACUCAAUCGACAAAUAUUACCGUCAGGCCUUGGCGACCGGUGGCCGGACUGCUGAUACGAAGCCCAAAGUACCCCGAGCACCUAAGCAGAUCAGCGUACACGAUUGGCAAUUCUUCCCUCCAGGCCUGCAGGAGUUGCAGGAGAAGGAGACCGCGUAUUUCCACAAGGAAAUCGGGUAUAAGGCUCAGCUCCCUGAAGGUCCAGAGGAAGAGCUAAGUGAACGUGAAGCCGAACGGGAUCUGGAGCAACAAGAGAUCGAUAACGCCCAGCCUCUCACCGAGGAGGAGCAGGCUGAGAAGGCUCAGAUGUCCGAAGAAGGAUUCUCUCACUGGAAUCGUCGUGACUUCCAACAGUUUGUCAACGGAUCAGCCAAAUUUGGACGCACUGACUACGUUGGCAUCGCGACUGAGAUCGAUAGCAAAGAGCCAGAUGAGAUUGAAGAAUACGCGGAAGUCUUCUGGCGUCGGUAUACCGAGAUACAGGAUUACCCGAAGUACCUUCGCGUCAUCGACCAAGGCGAGGAAAAGCUGCGCAAAAUGAAUCACCAGCGCAAGAUGCUCCGCAAGAAGAUGGAGAUGUACCGCGUGCCUCUGCAACAGCUCAAAAUCAACUACACCGUUAUGGCGUCGAGGGAGAUGGACUCUACGAAAAAAAUCCGGGAUGAGGUUCGCGAUUCGCCUCUCUUCCGCUUUGACUGGUUCUUCCUCAGUCGUACCCCGGUGGAGAUCGGUCGGCGCUGCACCACCCUUCUAAAUACCAUCGCAAAGGAGUUCGAGCCCGAGAGUAAGGCCAAUGGGGAGGGUAAAGGCCGUGGGCGGGACCGGGAUGAAGAUGAGGAGAACGAUGACGCGGUCCAGCCUGCUAAGAAGCGGGCUAAGAAUGGCGCUACAGCUAAACAAGUCAAACAGACCAAGGCUGCCAGUAAAACUGCCUCGGCUUCAACCUCAAGAGCAGCCAGCGUGUCAACCGCGCCCAAGACAAAGGGUAGAAAGAAAUGA